AUGAGUCAAAAGAAAGCCUUCAAUUACACCUACUAUCAAAACUCAUCUUGUUCUCACUUAAUCAAGCACUUGCUGAAAAGUAAAAAACAAGUGCUGUGUUGUGUUGUGUGUGCAUUUUUAUUUAACAGCUAUAACGUGUUUUUUGGAUCGUCAGACGCUGAUGGCGCCCACGCGGUGAUGGCGAUCGGCGCAUGCGCAGUCGCGCUGUGCGCGGUGCUGCUGGCCAGCGCUGCAGCUUACACCGUCGACUGCAACCACGAAUACACCGACUGCGAUACAGAAUUAAGUAAAUUGAUGAGUGAAGAUGACGAAGGACAGGCGGGAACGCAACCACCAUUUAUCGAAGUACGUCCAAGUACUACCACUUUACAACCGACGAGAUCAACGACAACGGAAAAAGUGCCAGACAAAACUACUGAAGUCUCUACAACAGAGCAGAAUGAAGUUACAGAAAGUAUAGUCAAACCUAAACCUAGAGUACUUAAUUUAAACGUAGAUGAGUUACAAAAUUUCGCCAAUGCAUUACAUAAUCAAACAAAUCAAAGAGCACCAAAGAAGAACAUAGGUGAUUUAAGUGAUGUCAAUAUGGACGAAGAAGAUGAUGAACCCAAAUUGUCAGACCAAGAGCAUAAAAGGAAACAGAUGUCCGAUAAAUUCUAUUCGAAUCUCCAAGCACCAUUUAAUCCUAUGAUGAGUAUAGAUAAAUCGGAUGAAAUCGAAACUUGCAAGGAGAACGAAAUAACUUACAAGCUCGGAGAGAAAAUGGAUAGAGGCUGCGAGGAGACGUGCGAGUGUGCCCCCGGUGGUGUAUUUGAAUGUUCGCCGAGGUGCAAACACCCGUACAUUCGGCGCGGACGACGUCUCAACGAUCCUUUGUGCUUUGAGUCCCCGGUUGAUGAAUGUUGCUCUAUCAUGGCGUGCUCAAACGGAGAGAUGAAACCGACAACAUUAGAAAUCUGUCGAUACGGUAAUGAGACGUACCACAUCGGCGCUAAGUGGAACAUCGGCUGCGAACAGACCUGCACCUGCGAGAGAAACUCUGUCGUCACGUGUAAGCCAAGGUGCAAUCGCGUAGCGCAAUCGGAGAGGUGCAUCAACGUGCAAGACCCUAAUGACGCGUGUUGCGAAAUACAAAUAUGCGAUGUUUCUCAAGAUGUGCACGAAGAACCCAUGGAAAAUGUCACGGCUUCGUCUCCUCGGACACAAUCUCUACAAGACGAAAAUUCUCACAAAUCCACGAUACGGCCUCUGGUCUUAAGCGAACCGAUUGGAUCUAUCAAGGUCCUCCAAAACAAUAGCGUUCAAGUGAAUCUAAUCCAUCCGAAUAACACAGUGGAUCCAAUCCAUCUACUUCUAAGUAACGAUGGUGGGGAGACAUACAAAGAUGUUGAGUUGAGGUACAAGAACUUAAUAUUGAACUUAGAAGGCGGUCACGAUUACAUAUUAAAAACUAAAGAAACCGGAACAAAGUUCAAUUUCACGAUAACGGCAUCUGAAGCUGGUAAUGAGGUACCGAUUCAAGAGUCUAAUGACGCGAAAGUAGGUUGCUAUCAUGACGGCCAAUUUUACGAUAUUGGUGACGAAUUUCACAUAGGAUGCACUGAGUUAUGCGAAUGUACUGGACAAGAUACUAGAGAAUGUGCUCCGCUGGUCUGUCCAAACCACGUUGGGUUAGAGUUGGUGUCUAAAGGCUGUGUCAAAUGGGCGCCGAACCCACCACCCCAACCACCAAACUGCUGCCCUCGUAAUGCAAGAUGCUUGAGCGACGGAACGUGUCAUUUCAAGGGUGUUGCUAUUCCUAAUUGGAGCGAGGUCCCACUCUCGUUAACUGGUUGCGAGCAACAUUGCUUCUGUGAGAAUGGCGAGCUGGACUGCCAAGAAGCUUGCAAUCCUUUACCGCCUCUGCCUCCUCAGACUUUACGAUGUCCACCGAUGCAUCGCCCAGCACCUGUCAACAUAUCCGAUGAGGACUGCUGCAAGGAGUGGGGAUGUGUUCCACAUGCUGGCAACAUGAAUACAUCGACUUUUCAGAAACAUAAAACAACAUCCAUUUCAUCCAAAAUGAACUUGGUUACGCCAAUAAUACUGACAACUCCAUCUUUCGUGUUACCAAUGCCGUCGUACACGACGGAAGCUAUGAACUUCAAAAAGUUCCAUUCGGGAAAUUUAGACUUUUUUAAACACUUGCGUCCUGUUAAGACGAGUAUACCGAAGUAUUUGAAGUCUUUAGUACCGGCUAUACCUAAUUAUUCUAAUAAAGAAUUAGAUGACCAUAUCUCUCAAGAGAAGACGAAUAUAACAGUAUUUACACCUUACGAUAUUUCAUCUCCAUUUAAAACGAUAAACCCUGAUUUAGUACUUAACAAUGAAGUAGACCAAAAUCGAUUAAAGACUUCACAGGUUACUAGUACGAAAUUAUUACAUUCGGCAAAAGUAGUCGCCUCUCACGACCGUAGUUCUGCUCGAAAAGAAAAACAAAAGAAAGAUGAUAUAACUCAUGGAGAUACUAACAAAAGAAAUCAGUAUAAAAUUAUUAAUGAUAAUCAAAAUACUGCAAGAGAUGAAAAACAUAUUAAUUUUUUCAUACCAGCAUACGAUAGAAAUUUCGCUAUCGAUGAUAAGUCAAAUAAUAUAAUGUCUAGUCCAGAUCCAAAAAAAACACUCUUUGAGUCCAUAAAUGCGACACAAAUUGACAUCCCAAUCGAUCAUAACUCUCCUCCGAAUGAAAGUAUAAUAGACCACGUCGCGCAAAAUAAUCAAGGUAAACACGUGACAGUUUUGCGGACCAAAGAUUUGCAGGCAAUUAAAUCAAACUCGGUACAGACUCCGUGGAAACCGGAAAUCAAGCAUUUGUUACUUAAAGCUCCUAAUCCCUACGAGACAGUCUUACUUCGGCCGAUUCCCAAUACCCGGUUACUUUCCGCUUCGAACGGUCCAAUACUUCCAAAACUUGGCAGUAAAUACUCCACUUUAGACCUUGAAAAUAUACUUAGCCAGAUGGAAAUUGAGACUGAUGUCAACAGAAACCUCGGAAGAUCGGCUGAAAAGAAUCGAGCUAUCGCGGCAGGCCAGUUUCCACCGGGCUUCCCAGAAGGUCACCGACCUUUACAGCCAUCGUUCCUGCCCACCAUUUCGCCGGAGGAUGUUCCAGACAAAGAUCAGAAUAAUAUUCACAGACCUAAUCCUCUCGAACCAGCUUUGGAUGGUCUACCGCCUGGGUUACAUAUACCCAGCUAUGGAGAAGAAAAUAAGAAGUUGACGGUGAUCUCUUUGCAAUCUGAUUCUCCAACCAGCAUCAAGAUGCUGUUCGGAUUACCUCCUAUCUUAGUAGGAUUAAGAGGCAGCGUGGAUUUGAGAUAUACAGAUACAGAGGACGACGAUGUUUCUCAAUGGUAUUCACAAGUUUUUGCACCAGCUGAUGAAAUCCUCACCACUCCAAGAUUAGAAUUCCGAUUGUCCGGACUGAAACCAUCAACCAUGUACAAAAUCCGAGGAAAGUUAUACCUGCACGACUUGCCUGUUGAGCCUGAAAGCAAGGUCUACACCAUCCGAACUCAAGCUUUACCCACGGACGAGCCCUCGGAAGAGAAGCGUCGAGAAGUAAAUUGCAAGUUAACUGUUGUGGAGGUGAAUGAUACAACAGCGUAUCUCAACUGGAGACAUUUCUCAGAAGAGGAACUGCAGUACAUCGAUGGAAUCCAAGUGAGAUACCGUCCUGUGGGGACGCCUAUAUACAGCAUGACAGAACUUCUUCAUCACAGCCGGUCUGCGGCAUACCUCCAAGAUCUGCGACCAGGAGUUAGAUAUGAAGCUUCGCUAGUUCUCAUCCCUCCAACUCGGUCACUCACUGAAUUGUUUGAUCCACAACAUAUCGAGUUUACAACUGCACCAUAUAUAGAUCCAUACAACUGGACAGUAACUGUGGAGGCGCGUACAGUUGGCGCAGAAGCCGCUGAACUGACCUGGCACGGAGUCCCAUCACCCGCUGAGCGCUGGGUCAGGGUCUAUAGAGCGGCGCACGCCUGUGGUGCCAACAGAAAGGAGCAUGAUGACUUCCGACUUGCGACCAGGGAUUUGCCACCUGCGAUUACGCUUAUUGGCUUGCAGUCUGAUUCAAAGUGUCGUGUUUGGCUCGAGCUGUUCUUGACAAAUGGAAAAGUGAAGACGAGCAACGUAUUAGAAAUACAUACGAAAUCAUUGGACUCACCUGAACCAGUCGACAAUGAAAUAGAGGCAUCUUCAAUAGCCGGUAGUCGGGGUGCUCCCCGGGGAGAUUACUACGGGGCGCUCGUGAUUGUAGGAGUGGUGGCCGCUCUCGGGGCACUCUCGUCUGUUCUACUUCUUCUCGUUGUCAUACGCAGGCAUCGACCGCAUUCUGUGUCUAUUACGCCUGCGCCGACAGCGCCCAGAGAGUCCUCACUUCCGCCAUAUGACAACCCAGCGUACAAACUAGAACUGCAGCAGGAAACUAUGGAUCUCUGA